CGCUGUACGGCAAUCGUUUCCGCCAGCCUUUGCCGUACGGUGACGUUUAGAGGAUGUGACGCAUUUCACCGGAAGCCAGGUGCCGGCGAGGAGGAGGGACGGCGGCGAAAUGUCGGAUCUGUUCGUGAAACCCGGAAAUCAGGAACGAGGCUGGAAUGAUCCUCCCCAGUUUUCAUAUGGUUUGCAGACACAAGCACAGAUAGGUCCCAGGAAACAUUUUCUCACUAAGAGGGUACCGGCACCUCAGCUGGAUAAAUCAAAAGAUUAUAGACUAGCUGGAAUUCCGUCUGCAAUUAUACCAUCAUGUCCUUCUGUAACCUGUGAGAAGAAGCCACUGCCACCACCUCCGAAGCAGUCUAGUUUAUCGAAUAAUUGUAAGCCAGUGCAAAACACUACAGUCAUGUCUGAUUAUGAAGUAAAUUUGGAAGAUGUUUUAACUCCAUUAAAUAAAACACUGGAGACUUGUAGGAAACAUAUAAAGAAGCAAGUUUGUGAUGAUAUUGCCAGAAGGCUACUAAUGCUUCAGGACAUGUGGCAAUCAGGAAGGCUUUCUGUAUCAGUCCAGAAUAGGAUGCAUCUGCUCACGCAAGAAAUGGAGCACCAUAAUUGGGAUUCUGCCGAUGAAAUCCACAGAUCUUUGAUGGUUGACCAUGUGAAUGAAGUGGGACAAUGGAUGGUUGGAGUGAAACGCCUCAUUGCUGAAACCAAAAAUCUACCAUCUGACUUUACUGACUGUGCAAAUUACAAUUGAGUCACAGAGAACUGAGGCGCUAUGUUCAAAAUGUUGAUGAUGGUCCAGUGAGAGUACUGUUCUUCAGUGAAAAUGCAGCAAUGGAUCAAAAUUAGAAAAUAUUGACAGAAGGAAUAACAAUAACACCUGUUAAUGAUUCCUGUAUUCAGCAGGAAAGAAAGCAUGUAUUCAGGCUGUACUCUAUUUUAAUACUGUUCAAGAGUUUACAAAAGCACUUUAGCCUUAAAGAAAUGGACUGAGCUUCUCAAUGACUUGAUCAUUCUUAAGCUGCUGCAAUUGUCAAAUCUUUUCUGUGUGCUCUGUUUGGAAGGCAAGUGUCAGAUGUUGACUAUAUAAGUUUCCUCUGCCACAGGGAAUACAGUGAAGCCAUUGCUACAAGCACGUAGGGCUCUUCCAGAGAAGAGUUUCGUCUUUUACUUGGCUUGUCUUGCUGACAUCUGUAGAAAUGAGCUUUCGAUUUAAUUUUGCUCCAAGUAAUUCAGAACUUGUGGCUUUCCUGCUGCAUUUUAUAUUUUUAAAAUGAUUAUUAAAGAUUCAAGGUGGAGAGUCAUCUUGAAAAUUUUGGGUUGCGCUGUGUGUUUAAAGUGUUUCGCUUUAUAGGAGAAAACCUUUUUCUUUCAUUCACAUGCAUCUGUGUAUGCUAUUUUCCUUGUUUGGAAGGUGUGAUUGGAUGUGAUGAGGAUAGCUGCAUGAUUGGCCUAACCAGAGUUCCAUUAAGGUGAAGGUUGUUUUCCUUCCCUUUUCCUAAUCAAACUUAGAUUUGGAUGUACUGUGGAAAAGAUAGGAGCAAAAUAUUUGCCCUCUUUUUCUGAAAAAUCUGUCCAGAUAUUUUCUUACAAUUAAUUGUAACUGUAAAACUGCAUUUUUUAACCUUUUAAUUGUUUUCAUAAUUACUCAAUUUAUGAAGUCACUUGUAAUGUAGGAUGUUGAUACUUUCAUAGCCAAUUUCCCACCAUUCCUGGCCUUGGAUGUAGAAGGAGGACUUGUCUCCUUGCUCUCCAUCCCUGACCAAGAAUAAUGUCACUGCCUUUCAAGUGUCCUGAAUUGCCUUUUCAGUUAAUAAAAGAAGAAUGGUGGUUAUUAUUUUCUUAGGCUUCCUACAAAAGAGAGGCUUUGCAAAAUGCAAUCAGAAUCCUCAUCACAAUUAAGUGCUCUUUGAAUUUUUGUUCAUAUCAUUGUGAUUAUGUUUCUAAUUUUGCCAGAUAGCAAAAGAACAAAAUGGGUGUGGAUUGAAUGUAUUAGCGAAUGUGCUGUAUCUGGGUAUCCUGGAUACAUGGAUAGGGAAAGGGAAAGAGAGCUGGCAAUAAGAGUAAGUCUAUCUUCAUUUUCUACUGAAAUUGUGAAUGUAAUAUUGAGUGUAUUUUAACACGUCAAAGGGGUAUUUCUUUCAUUUUGUUCUUACGUGAAGUUGUGGAAAGCAAAUCUCUGCAGGUCCACACAAACAUUUAUGGUACACUGUUAGUCUGCAAUUCCAUCAGAAGUCUGACUCUGUAUAGAAAGGAUGAAGAAAACAUGGCCUUAUUGCAGUCAUUAACUACAGAUCUACAUCCAGGUGAGAUUGCUGAACAGUGAUUAGUUUUAAAGAAAUGCAAUGGAUUCUGGCCUUUGGACUUCUUUAAAGCAUUUUUUAAUGAUUUAGAUCAGCAUAAAAGCUGUGCUCAUGCAUGUCCGUUAUUGAGAGAUUCUAUUGAGCUUAAGUGACCAAUGGAGAAUCCUACUUAGUUUAAAUUGAUCACUUUUUAGGAUUUGAUUCAGUUUAGUAUGUUUUUGUCAGAUUGAAUUUAAACAUUGAACAAAAUCAAUUAAUAAAAUUUAUUGUUAACCCUGGAA